AUGACGCCAACCGUGUCUGUGAUCGCGGCGAUGACCCCGAAGAGGGGCAUCGGGAUGAACAACAACCUUCCCUGGCCUCGCUUGCGGGUCGAUUUCAAACACUUUUCGCGCGUAACAACGAUGACCUGCCGCCCGUGCGGAGGCUUCGCCACGAAGCUCGCCAAGAUGGGUGAAGCGGGAGUCCCCUCUCCGGCCCUCGCUGGCAAGAGAGUCAACGCCGUUGUCAUGGGAAGGAAAACGUGGGAAAGCAUUCCGCCGAAGCAUAGACCCCUCACUGACAGACUUAACGUUAUCGUUUCUUCUACCCUCAAAGAAGAGGACUUGAACGCAGAAAAAACACAAGCUGGGGAGGUCAGCCGCGUGCGCGUCUGCCCCUCCCUCCCUGCAGCGCUGCGCCUGCUUGAGGAGGAGUACGAAGACUCUGUUGACCAGAUUUUUGUCGUCGGAGGAGCUGCGCUGUAUGCGGCUGCUCUCUCGUUGGGCAUCGUCUCGCACAUCUACGUGACGCGCGUUGCACGGGACUUCCCCUGUGACGUCUUCUUCCCUUCCUUUCCCGGAGACGAGAUCCUCGCGAACAAGCCCGCGGCUGCUGCAUCUGCGGCGUCUCCGGCGCCUGUGUUCGUUCCGUUCUGCCCCGAGCGCGGCUCCGAGAGAGGCAACGAAGCGACCUACUGCCCCAUCUUCAUCUCGAAGACCUACUCGGAGCACGGGGUCCCUUACGACUUUGUCAUUCUCGAGAAGAGAAACACGCACGACAGCGCCGCGACCGCGGAUGCUGACCAAGUGAGCCAGAACAGAGCGUGCAGCAGCAGGGGCGGAGAGACUACCAGCGAAGGGGACGCGAGUCUCUCUUUGGCUGCUGCAGCGGCCGCGCCGGUCCUAGCGUGGAUGGCGGAGGAAGAGGCAGCUAACAACGAGAAGAAAGAAAUCAUUCAGGCUGUGCCUCACGUCCGCUUCAGACACCACGAGGAGUUUCAGUACCUCGACCUCAUCGCGGACAUCAUCAACACCGGCGUCAGCAUGGACGACCGCACGGGCGUCGGUACGAUUUCCAAGUUCGGCUGCACCAUGCGCUACUCGCUGGAUAAGACUUUUCCGCUGCUUACCACGAAGCGUGUCUUUUGGAAAGGAGUCCUCGAGGAGCUGCUCUGGUUCAUUCGCGGUGACACGAACGCCAACCACCUGUCUGAGAAAGGCGUGAAGAUCUGGGACAAGAACGUCACGCGCGAGUUCCUAGACUCGCGAAAUCUGCCUCAUCGCGAAGUCGGCGAUAUCGGCCCGGGCUACGGCUUCCAGUGGAGACACUUUGGGGCAGCGUACAAGGACAUGCACACCGACUAUACAGGCCAGGGUAUUGAUCAACUGAAGAUCAUCAUCGACCGACUGCGGACAAACCCGACGGACCGCCGCAUGCUCAUGACGGCUUGGAAUCCUGCAGCCCUGGACGAGAUGGCGCUGCCGCCAUGUCACCUGCUGUCUCAGUUUUACGUGAACGACAAAAAGGAGCUCUCCUGCAUCAUGUAUCAGCGCUCCUGCGACGUCGGGCUCGGCGUUCCAUUCAACAUCGCCUCCUACUCGCUGCUCACGCUGAUGGUCGCCCACGUCUGCGGCCUGAAGCCCAAGGAGUUCGUCCACGUCAUGGGCAACACGCACGUCUACUCCACCCACGUGGAGGCGCUGAAGGAGCAGCUCAAGCGAGAGCCGCGGCCCUUCCCGGUGGUCAGGAUCCUGAACACGGAACGCAUCAAGGAGAUCGAUGACUUCAAGGCGGAAGACUUCGAGGUUGUGGGCUACGUGCCUCACGGCCGCAUUCAGAUGGAGAUGGCGGUCUGA